CAUGGUCUCUGUAGCCCCGCCCCUUCAUCUGAUCAAGAUCCUUCAACUUGGCCUCGCCUCGCCGAGUCACACUUUUCAGCGCGGAGCGCGUUCACGGAGCAGCAGCAGCAGCAGCCUCGCUCUCACACAACUUGGGAGAAGAGUUGAGCCGCUCUCGACGUCGACGGACGACCGCGCGAGAGAGAGAACGAGAAAAGCUGAAAAGCUGAGGAAACUACUGGUCCUUCGCAGCGUUUCCGAGCGUUUCUCGUCCGUUGGAGACGAUGGGCAGAGGGAGACGCUUUCGUCCGGUUUGGUACGGCGUCUUCGGCGCGCUGGUGCUGAUGUUUCCAGCCAAAACAGAGAUAAGUUGCAGGUCGUGUCAGCUGGCGGCGGGCGAGUGGCGACCGAGGCAGCAGCUGGUGCUGCUGAAGCUGAAAACGGACACCCCGGACUCUCUCCUCCAGGCAACAGGGUCCCGAGGCGAAGUUACAGGAGAUUCCGGCUCGCCCUCCGUCGGAGGCUGGGAGCAGUGGGAGCAGCCUGAAAGCGGCGAGCCGGAUGACGGGAGGAAAGCCGCAGCGCCGUCGUCGAGGCGAAGACGGAGUACGAGCGGCUUUAGUUUCAACGACGCGCUCGGCAAACUCGCUAAACUGGGCUCGACUUUAAGCCGUGGCAAAGUUCAUAAGCUCGAGUUUCCUGACGGCGGACCUGCUUCAGCCCGGCCCGCCUCGACUGAUGCGCAUCUCAAGCGCCGUGGACGUAGGAGCAGCGGCGGCAGCAGCAAGGGGGCAGAGAGCGGGGCGCCCCGGGCUGAGCUCAGGUGGAAUAAGGAGGAGAGGAGGGCGUCCAGCCCCAGGCAAGAGGAGCUGAAACUUACCAGCUCUACCUUCGCCCUGACCGGAGACUCGGCUCACAACCAAGCUAUGGUGCACUGGUCCGGCCAGAACAGCAGCGUAAUUCUCAUGCUGACAAAGCUGUACGACUUCAACCUGGGGAGCGUCACUGAGAGCUCCUUGUGGAGGUCAACCGACUACGGAACAACUUACGAGAAGCUUAAUGAAAAAGUGGGGGUGAAGACCAUACUGAGUUACUUGUACGUCAGUCCAAACAACAAGAGAAAGAUCAUGCUGUUGACGGACCCAGAGGUGGAGAACAGUCUGCUGAUCAGCACAGACGAGGGCGCCACCUAUCAAAAAUACCGCCUCAACUUCUACAUCCUCAGCCUCCUUUUCCACCCUGAGCAAGAGGACUGGAUACUCGCCUAUAGUCACGACCAGAAGCUCUACAGCUCGGUUGAGUUCGGACGCCGGUGGCAGCUGGUUCAUGAAAGAGUCGCUCCGAAUCGAUUCUACUGGUCCAAAAUGGGUCUUGAUAAGGAGCCUGGGCUGAUUCACCUGGAGACCAGCAUUUCAGAAACACAGGCUCUUUAUGUCACCUGCAAGCUGCAGAAUUGCACAGAGGCCAACAAGGGCAAACCGUUCCCCGGCUACAUCGACCCCAAUUCCCUGGUGGUGCAGGGCGAGUAUGUGUUUGUCCAGGUGUCAACGGGUGGCCGGCCAAUCUACUACGUGUCAUCAAGGCGAGACCUGUUCACACCCAUGAAGCUGCCCAAGUAUACCCUUCCAAAGGACCUGCAUGUGAUCAGCACAGAUGAGAACCGGGUCGUGGCUGCGGUCCAGGAAUGGAACCAGAAUGACACCUAUAACCUGUACGUCUCUGAGGCUGGAGGGGUCUACUACACCCUUGCUCUGGAGAAUGUCAUGAGUAGCAUGGGACCAGAGGGCAAUGUCAUGAUUGACCUGUAUGAGGUGGCAGGAAUCAAGGGAAUGUUUCUGGCCAAUAAGAAGAUGGAGGAGCAAGUCAAGACAUAUAUUACAUAUAAUAAAGGCAGAGACUGGAGGCUGCUGCAGGCGCCCUCUAGUGACCUGCAGGGGAACAGCAUCCACUGCAUAUUGCCAUACUGCUCCUUGCAUUUGCACCUACAUGUAUCAGCAAACCCCUACACUUCCGGAAACAUAGCCAGCAAGGACUCGGCACCUGGAAUCAUAGUGGCGUCAGGUUCUGUAGGUGCAGAGCUGACAACCAGUAAUGUUAGUAUGUUCAUCACAUCUGAUGCUGGAAACACAUGGAGGCAGAUAUUUGAUGAGGAAUACAGCGUCCUAUAUCUGGACCAAGGUGGAGCACUGGUGGCUAUCCGACACACGCCCCUCCCCAUCAGGCACUUAUGGUUGAGUUUCGAUGAGGGGAGAGUGUGGAAUAAGUACAGUUUCACAUCAUCGCCGCUGUUUGUGGAUGGAGUUCUGGGCGAGCCAGGGGAAGAAACGCUUAUUAUGACAAUCUUUGGUCACGUCAGUCAUCGGUCCGAGUGGCAGCUGGUGAAGAUCGACUUCAGGUCUAUUUUUAACAGGCGAUGCACUGAGGUGGACUACCAGACCUGGCACCUCCACAACCAGGGCGAGCCCUGCCUGAUGGGCGUGAAGAGAAUCUACCGGAAGCUGAAGCCCAUAGCCAGAUGUGUUAUGGGUAAGACCUAUUCAGUCAGCGUGAUGUCGGAGCCGUGUGACUGCACCGAAUCUGAUUUUGAAUGUGAUUAUGGAUAUGAACGGAGGACAGACGGCAGGUGUACUCCAGCUUUCUGGUUUCAGCCCUCAUCCAUGUCCAGAAGCUGCACUACAGGCCACACAUUCCUCAACAGCACUGGAUACAGGAAAGUGGUGUCUGAUAACUGCACAGCCGGUGUGGUGGACCUGUACACAGCCCGGAGACUGCCGUGCCCCAGCCAGGCCCCUAAAGGCCUCCACCUGGUCACAAGCGAGGGCAAGCUCACAGCCCUGCUGAGCCACAAUGUCACCUUCCUCGUUUUCCUUGAGCAGGGUGAUGGAUCAAGGACGAGCAUCACAGUGGAUUUUGGUGAUGGUAAUGCUAUCACAUACUCCAACGUGAGCUCCAUUGAGGAUGGGAUCAAACACAUUUACAAGAACGUUGGAAUCUACAGAGUGUCUGCCACGGCUGAGAACAACCUUGGGUCUGAGACAGCAGUGCUUUUUUUACAUGUUACAUGUCAGCUGGAGUAUAUCCAUCUCUCUGCUCCCUUUGUGGCGGUGAAAAAUAAGGAAGUCAACUUGACAGCAGUUCUGUGGCCGAGCCAAGUGGGAACAGUCACCUACAUCUGGUGGUUUGGGAACAACUCAGAGCCGGUAAUCACACUGGAGGGAAGUGUGGCAUUCACAUUCCCGAGGGAGGGAAUCAACAUAGUUACCGUGCAGGUGGCAGCUGGGAAUACUAUCCUGCAAGACAGGAAAACCAUCGCCGUCCACGAAUAUUUCCGGUCCCAUCUUUUGGCCUUCUCCUCCAAUCUGGAUGAUCACAACCCUGAUGUGUCAGAGUGGAGGCUGGACGUUAGUAGAGUAAUCAAAAACUCCAUGGUCCAAGCCACUGGAGUGAGUCCGGAGCAGCUGUUGGUCACUGUGUUGCCAGGACUGCCCACAGCCGCCGAGUUCUUCCUGCUACCAGAUAAAGAAGUGACAGAGGGCAAACCAGAGAAAAUAACAACACAUUUAGACCAGCUUUUGGAGUUAGUUCUGGCUGCCCUGAACCAGAACCAGGUCCAGUUCACAUUAAGACCAGGAGUUCAAAUCACUGUCUAUGCUGCACAUUUAUCUGCAGCACCCCUAGUGGACACCAGUGAGAACCACAGCAGCUCGGCCAUGCUCAUGCUCCUGUCGGUGGUGGUGGUGGGUUUAGCCGUGUUCCUCAUCUAUAAAUUCAAAAGGAAGAUCCCAGGCCUCCACCUCUAUGCGGCGAUGCAGGACGAAAAAGAGCAAGAAAUGAUCCGGAGUCCAGUGAGCCCAACGGAGAGCACCCCCAGCUGCAGCUCUCAGCGACAGCUUCUCACCUCACCGGAGCCUCUGGACACCGAGGUCAACACACAGCCCAUCGAAUGCAUUAAGCCUCACCCACGUGUCAAAUUCUCUACAGAACUUCCUACAUACAUCGACGUCUGAGUCUGAGUUUCCAGACUAUCAUGCAAAGGACAUUGAACAUCCAGACACAAAGGUUUUAAGCUUUAUACGGUACCUGUGCAUGUUGGACAUCGACACUUUACUGUGCUUUGUGAAUACCAGAAGAAACUGUGUACAGGUUUUUAUACAUAUGUCUAUCCAAUAAGAGAACAUUUUUAAUGACGUUUAUUUAUAACAAUUACCAGUACAUAACGCAAUUAGAAGGAAAGGCCAGCAUGUACCAUAAGUUCAAAAAUGGGGGGAAAAAGGGGGAAUUUAAAAAAAAAAAAAAAAAGGGGAAACAUAACUCUUGGUUUCAGCUUAAGUGUCUUUUAAACCCAUUUGCUUUCCAGUAUUGCAGAAACACAGCAGUACAGUAUUUAUCCAUUAGUAUAUAGAAUAAAAGUUCAUGUUUAUUUUGUAUAUCAUGAAUGUGUUUGUGAGACGUGGGAGUAUUUUAGUAAUAAACUCAACCAAGAUAUCAAUAAUUGCUUUAAAUCAAUUAAUUUAAAUUGAGAAUUGCUGUGUUUGGCACAAUAGUUUUCAUUUUACGCUACAACCUAAUUUUCAUGUGUAAAUGUAGGGAUAAUUCUACUGUAAAGCUUAUUUUAUCAUGAUUUUGUUUUACUCCCCUCCUUUCUUUAGUCUGUUUUGUUGUCUUUGUGUUGUGGUAUAUUUAGAUGCAGGUAGAUCCUGUUUGUUUUAAACAAAACGAGGAAGGAAAACAGAUCUCUGUUCAUGUUCCUCAGCUCGGAGAAGGAGAUUUACUGUUCUGAUCCCGUUGCAAACUACACAGCGAGAUACUGUACAUAACUGUAGAGUGUAAUCAGUCUGUUUGAUGGACAAAGUCAUUAUCUGUGGAAAAGCCAGUAAUUUCAGAAUCAACAUUAACAUUCAUAACUGCAUUUUCUUCCUUUCAGAUCUUGUAACAUGAUGAACCACUAACUCGCUUUAUCACUGUACCCUUCAACACAGUAACACUCAGCAUGCACUUUUUCCGUUAUUGCUUAAAUUAAUCGUACCAAAAGUGAACUGUACACUCCAUUUGACAGAUAUGAAUGUGUGAGUAUGUGGUUUAAUAUUUAAUAUUAGGCUACUGUUAUUUUUCCUUUUUUAAUACGUGCAAUAGAGAACAGAAGAGAUGCUCAGAACAACUGGGAUGUCGUCAUGAUUCCUACUUUCUACUCCUUUCUUUUCCUGCUUUUUCUUCUUGCUGUUAUGUUGUCUUGUUAGGUUUCCCCUUUUUCUGUUUUAAUUCCUGCUAUUUCUUUGUCUUUUCAUUUUCUUUUUUCUUUUCUUUUUCUUCAUCUUU